AUACUGAUGCAACAGAGGCAGAAUGCUGGCUUAAUGGCCACUGAGUACAGCGUAGAAUUAGAGUAAACUGAGGACUCUUUCACCAUUGCCAGAGCCGUGACUUUGGCCCUGGGUGAAGAUGAGAUUGCAUGGGCUUGGCCUGAGAGUGAUGCCUUUUCUCUGGGUUUGUCCUCUGGAAGUUUUCCUUGCAGAUUCAUGAAGAUGAGCACCCGGACUCCACCCAGACUCCUGGAGCUGGCGGGGCAGAGCCUGCUGAGGGACCAGGCCUUGGCCAUCUCCACCCUGGAGGAGCUGCCCACGGAACUUUUCCCCCCACUUUUCCUGGAGGCCUUCAACAGGAGACGCUAUGAGGCCCUGAAGCUGAUGGUGCAGGCCUGGCCUUUCCGCCGCCUCCCUCUGAGCCCUCUGAUGCAGAUGCCUUGUCUGGACACCUUCCACGCUGUGCUGGAUGGGCUUGAUGCACUGCUUACCCACAGGGUUCGUCCCAGGAGGUGGAAACUUCAAGUGCUGGAUUUACAGGAUGUCUGUGACAACUUCUGGAUGGUUUGGUCCGAAGCUAUGGCCCAUGGGUGCUUCCCCGUUGCCAUGAGGAACAGAAAACCAGUGCCGGACUGUCUAAGGAUGAGAGGACAGCAGCCCUUGACUGUGUUCAUAGACCUUUGGCUCAAGAACAGGACUCUGGAUGAAUACCUCACCUGCCUCCUUCUGUGGGUCAAGCAGAGGAAAGAUUUACUACACCUGUGCUGUAAGAAGUUGAGAAUUUUGGGAACGCCCUUCCGCAAUCUCAGAAACAUCCUGAAAAUGGUGAACCUAGACUGUAUCCAGGAGGUGGAAGUGAAUUGCAAUUGGAUACUGCCCAUCCUGAUACAGUUUAUCCCGUACCUGGGCCAGAUGAAGAAUCUUCAGAAGCUCCAUCUCUCCCACAUGGAUGUCUCUCGCUACACUUCCUCAAAACAGAAGGAGUUUGUUACCCAGUUCACCACUCAGUUCCUCAAGCUGCGCUACCUCCAAAACCUUUCUAUGAACUCUGUUUCGUUCCUCGAAGGCCACCUGGACCAGCUGCUGAGCUGUCUGAAGACCCCGUUAAAGAUCCUCACAAUAACUAACUGUGUGCUUUUGGAAUCAGACUUGAGGCAUCUAUCCCAGUGCCCGAGCGUCAGUCAACUAAAGAUCCUGGAACUGAGUGGCAUCAGACUGGCCAAUUUCAGUCUUGUGCCUCUCCAAGUUCUCCUAGAAAAAGUUGCAGCCACCCUUGAGGACCUGGACUUAGAUGACUGUGGCAUCGCAGACUCCCAAGUCAACGCCAUCCUGCCUGCCCUAAGCCGCUGCUUUGAGCUCACCACCUUCAGCUUCUGUGGAAAUCCCAUCUCCAUGGCCACCCUGGACAACCUGCUGUGCCACACAAUCAGACUCAACAACUUACACCUGCAGCUGUAUCCUGCCCCGCGGGAGAGUUACGAUGCUGAUGGUACUCUCUGCUGGAGCAGAUUUGCCCAACUUAGGGCUGACCUGAUGGGGAGAGUGAGGGACUUAAGGCACCCCAGGAGGGUCUUGUUCUGUACUGACUACUGCCCUGAAUGUGGCAGCAAGUCAUUUUAUGGCCUGGAGGUAGAUCAGUGCUGCUGUUGAAUACUUGCCUAUUUAGGUGGAUAUAUCAAAUGCUUCCUUCUGGACACAUGGAAACUAAAACCUAGGUCUUAGGUAUAUCCUAAAGAGAGCACAGAAGCCACUGUUUCAGACACCAUCUCUGAAAGUGGGAAAGGAAAGGUAAUCAAGUAGGGGGGAAAAAGAGCUCACCACCUUCAGCUUCUGUGGAAAUCCCAUCUCCAUGGCCACCCUGGAGAACCUGCUGUGCCACACAAUCAGACUCAACAACUUACGCCUGGAGCUGUAUCCUGCCCCGCGGGAGAGUUAUGACGCUGAUGGUACUUGGGGGAAAAGUUUACACGGAUUCAAUAGGACUUUGGGGACCUGUGUCCUGUAGAGUGGAACAUGGGAAUGUGAAUGUCUAGAGUGGAAUUCAGGCUUGAGAAUACAUGAGGGAGCUCCCCUUGCAUGGAUGGCUGUAAAGAAGCAGUAAGAAAUAAAGGGAAACUGAGUGG